AUGCGCAUCCUCCUCACCGGCGCCACCGGCCGUGUCGGCCAAUACACCCUCGCCCACCUCGCAGCCGAGGGCCACACCGUGCUGGCCACCGACGUCCGCCCACCGCCCGCCACGGCGCCGGCGUUCCCUGCCAACGUCACCUUUGUGACCGCCGACUUGACAAGCAUCCCGGCCGUGGACAGCCUGUUUGACGCGGCCAAGGCCGACGGCGUCAUCCACCUCGGCGCGUACCCCAUGCCCCUUCCGGGCCUCGACGACCGCGAGCUGCACAACAACAACGCUACCAGCAGCUACAACGUGCUCCGCACGGCCGUGGACAGGGGUGUCACGCGCAUCGUGCAGGCGAGCAGCGUCAACGCCCACGGCCUGUCGUAUGCGCCUCCUGGCCACACCAAGUUUGACAAGUUCCCCAUCACCGAGGAGGUCGAGCGUCGUCCGGAAGACGCGUACGCCCUGUCCAAGCACGAGUGUGAGAUCCAGGCCGACUCGCUCGUCCGCUGGGCUCCCGAGACGCGCAUCGCGUCGCUGCGCUUCCACAUGUGUCGGCCCGACUACGAGACGUCGUGGCCCGACACACGGGCGCUGGACCUGUUCGCAUGGACCUCGUAUGACGCCUGUGCGCGCGCGUGUCUCCUCGGUCUCACGUCUGAAGGUUGGUCCAGCCACGAAAUCUUCAACAUUGCCGCUCCGACGGUUUGCUGGGAAGGCAACGGGGUGGAAGAGGCAGACAGGCGUAAAGUGGGCCAGUCGGGCGAGGGCCUCAAGCUGCCCACGACGCUCGAGCUGCUCAAGCGCCACUGGCCGCACCCUUACGAGGUUGACGAGGAGUACUUUGCCAAGAACCCCAGGGGUACGAUUUGGGUGUCGACCAAGGCUGAGAGGAUGCUGGGGUGGAAGCACGACGUGUAG